UUUGAGAGAUCUCUACCUAUGGGCUUUAGCAAUUCAAGAGUGAGUAGUACUACUCUCCUUUCUUGUAUUUCUCUUCCAUGUUUAUACUUGUUUCUAUUAUUACCAAAUUGCAUAGCAAUAGAUACCAUCAGUGCAAGUCAAUCAAUAAAAGAUGGAGAAACCUUAGUAUCAGCUGGAGGCAUUUUUGAAUUAGGGUUCUUCAGUCCUGCUAAUUCUGCUAACCGAUAUGUUGGGAUCUGGUACAAGAACACCUCAUAUACACAAGUUGUAUCGGUCUUAAACAGCAAGAAACCGAUUUCGGAUUCCGGUGGAAGUUUGGCCAUCAACAGUACUAUUGGUAAUCUUAUUCUUUUAGAUGGGAAACAAAAUCUCAUUUGGUGUACAAAUGCUUCAUCCACUUUGUCUCGUACUGAUGAUACUCUUGCAGCAACACUUGAAGAUACAGGAAACUUUGCCCUUAGAGAAAACAAUUCAAGUAGAUCUAUUGUCCUUUGGCAGAGUUUUGAUUAUCCUUCCAAUACUUUGAUACCAAACAUGAAGCUUGGAGGCAACAACGAACUCGGAAUAAGUCUUACAUUAACAUCUUGGGAAAGCGAAAGCAAUCCUGCUCCAGGGAAUUUUUUUUUACGCCGGAAUCGAAGACCAUUACAACAAAUAUACAUCAUGAGUGGGUCGGCUGCAACCAUCAUGAAUGGCUCAAAUGAAGUCAAGCACUGGAAUUCCGGUCCAUGGAAUGGCCAGAACUUCGUCGGAAUACCGGGAAUGAAUCUAAAUUACAUUAAUGGUAUCACCUUCAGCUACGAUGGCAAUGGGGGUGAGUACUACACGAUUUCAUCUCCCGGUGAUUCGAGUAUUUCGAUUGGGGUUCUUGAUUCUUCAGGAAAUUUUGAGACAAAAGAGUGGGAUGAACAGAAGAAGAUAUGGGUCAAUACAUGGUAUGCAAUCAAUAGUGAAUGUGAUGUUUAUGGUACAUGUGGGGGUUUUGGAGUUUGUAAUAUUAAGAUGGAAUCAUCAUCUAUUUGUAGUUGCAUGAAAGGGUUUCAACCUAAGGAUCAAGAGAAAUGGAGAAAGGGAAACUGGAGUGAUGGAUGUGUGAGAAGUGAUCCAUUAGAGUGUGGUUCUAGUAAUGAAGGGUUUCUGAAAUUGGAAGGAGUGAAGUUGCCAGAUCUUGCAGAUUAUAUAAAAGUUGAGGACGUGAAUGAAUGCAAUGAUAGAUGCCUCAAAAAUUGUUCUUGUGUUGCAUAUGCAUAUAUUAGUGGACCAGGAUGUUUAGUUUGGAGCGCAGACUUGAUUGAUGUUCAGCAGUUCUCUUCCGGUGGCCAGGACCUUUUUCUCCGUCUUCCAUCUUCAGAACUGGGUACUCAUGUUCACAUUGGGGAAUAUGGUGUCCACUGGAAUUUCUUUUUUACACUUGCAGCCGUAUCCAUUCUAACGUUCAUGGCUAACAUUCAGACUCAAAAUUGUGGUACUUUAGGUUCAUCAAUUCUCUUAGGAUAUCAAACAUGCUUGUUGUAUGGGUUAAAUGAGUAUCUGCUUUCUAGUAGAAGGGGAAAAGACAUUAUUAGCCAAAAUAAGGAGGGCAUAUUUAGUAUAUUUGGAUAUUGGGGUCUUUAUCUCGUUGGUAUCCAAUUGGGAAACUAUCUAUUCUUUGGAAAUGAUUCCACUUCUAUGAGGAACAUUCAAUGGGCGAGGAAGAGAGUCUGGAUUCUUACUUUCUUGUUUUGGUUCCUGACUAUAAUUUUGGAUAAGCACGUUGAAAAAGUUUCUCGCAGAAUGUGUAACCUGGCAUAUGUUACAUUUGUAUUGGCACAAAACUUUCAGGUGUUAGGACUUCUAUUGCUUUCAGAUUUCACCGGUGGACAAAAGAUAUCGGUACUAGAAGAAGCAUUCAACCGGAAUUUACUGGCAUCAUUUCUAAUGGCAAAUGUCCUUACUGGGGUGAUAAACUUGUGUGUGGAUACCAUCUCAGCUUCAUCAGUCACUGCCUUCAUCAUCUUGCUCAGCUAUGCUUUUGUUCUAUCUGUUCUCACAGGAUCUGCAGAGUUUGUUGGCAUUGGAUUGAAAUUUUGGUAAACUGGUUUCUGUAAGCUGGGUUCUAGUAUUAAUUCAAUAUCUUGGAACCAAAAUCCUGUGUAAAUAUGUUUUUGUGGGAGGGAGUUGAAAUGAAUCAGUUGCUUCAACGAUCUGAACAGGAAUGAGGUACAGGCUGUGCCUUUUUUUGGGGAGAAAAGAGAAUAAAAGGGGCAAAAUUGAUUUGCAGCCCGAAUGAGGUACAAGCUGUGCCUUUUGGGGGAGGAAAGAGAAUAAAAGGGACAAAAUUGAUUUACAGCCGAAUGUAAGUGUGACCACUUUCAUAAUUAUCUAUAACAUUGACACAGGGAUUCAGGGAGACUGUACAAAGAGAACUCUACUGCUUUCAAGGGCUAUUGUAAGUGAGACCUCUUUCAUAGGAUUUCAAUUUUACCCAAUAUGAGGAACGAUAUCCGUUGAUGAAUGAUUAUACAAUAGCGGUCCUUCUGAAUUGAUUAUUCUACAUUUCUUAGUGUA